AUGCAUAGCCCGGCGCUGCCGGCGCUCGCCAUUCCCCUGCUCACCACCACCGACCCUCCUCGGCCGAUGGAGAUCCACCGCCGCGACGUCCCGUCGGCCGAAUCAUCUCCCCACCAUGGUACGUUGCGGGGUGCACUGACCCAGUCGAAUACAUUGCGGCCGUACCUGGAGUGCGUGCGCGCGUCGCUCACUGCUGCGCUGACGCUGGAGGACUUUGCGUCGCAGGUCGUCGAGCGCCACAAUAUCCCCGAAAUCGAGGCGCAGACGACGCCCGAGGUGGUCCUUGCGCCGCUGACCAUCAGCCGGAACGAGCACGAGGUCGUGCUGAUUGAGCCGGCGGUGAACAGUGUGCGUCUGAGCAUCAAGAUCAAACAGGCGGACGAGAUCGAGCAUAUCCUUGCACACAAGUUUACGCGCUUCAUGAUGCAGCGCGCCGAGAACUUUGUUGUGCUGCGGCGGAAACCGAUCCCGGGCUACGAUAUCUCGUUCCUGAUCACCAACACGCACACCGCGUCGAUGCUCAAGCACAAGCUCGUCGACUUUGUCAUCCAGUUCAUGGAGGAGGUCGACAAGGAAAUCAGCGAGAUGAAGCUCUCGCUCAACGCCCGUGCACGUAUCGUGGCGGAGUCGUAUCUAGGCACUUUUUGA